AUGUCUGAAACUCCCCCAGACCUCUAUCCCGGCCUUGGCUUGGACCUCCGACAUCACGAGCAGGAAGGAGACGAGAUAUAUCCCUUAGGAAUUCACUACAACUGUUGGGGGUCUGCAUCUGAAAUGCUUCUCGUACGAGAGGUCGCCAUGAUGAUUGUCAUGAACCAAUUGACCGAAAAGCCUGAUUGGCACAUCAAGGUCUUCAAUGACACUAUCUCCGAGAAAUGGAUCGAUGAGGCUCUUGCCAUCCCUGUCGAGUCUCUGUAUGAUGAUAUCGUCGAUACGAAGCGAUACGAACAAGAGAAGCUCAAAACUAUCCUCGACAGGAAGUGUCUUGAAUAUUGUAUCAAAGAGCUACGUGCAAAGGCCAAGUUCUUUGAAAAGACGGGUCUAGUGCCGACGCUGGACGCUACUGCGUCCGUGGUCAAGGCGGAUGGUUACAUUGAUCAGUCCCUGCAUCAAAGACUUCAAGCUGCUUUCGCCAAACUCAAGAUGGAGCAGAAGGAUGACCCAGACUGGCAUCCCAACACCAAUGACAUGGUUCAGAAUCUUGUCCAUCCGUCCCUCUACCCACUCGUCUAUGGCCGCUCGCGAGUCUUCCGCGAAGAGGUUGUUGGCGUAGAGGAUGCUAUUGACCGAUGGAGCGGCAAAGGAGAAGUCAUACCUAAGAAAGAUGAUUGGUCCGUUGAUAUGGACCGAUCCUAUUAUGAUACAGGUAUUGGGGGCGGCCGAGUUCAUGACUCGUACUGGUCCGAAAACUACCAGUGGCUACCGUCAAAUGUUAUCUUUCAGGACGAUUUAACCGCCAAGUUCACGAGCUACAUCAACGGCCUCCACCCUACCAAGCAUCCAGAAAUCUAUGCGGCUAUUGAGAAACUCAUUGACGGGGCAGUUUUGGCGUGGGACCUUUGCAUACCUUGUAAUCGUGGUGGUAAAAUGGACGGGGCUGGCAGAACAAAGCCUCGAUUUGGCAUGCCUGAGAAUCCUGACGACAACAAUGAAGCAAACUGGACUAUAUCGCUUAAAGAUAUCCCUUUGAGGAAGUUGGAAAAAGAAGAUGAUGGCAGUGAUUCUGACGAGUGGGACAUCGAGGACCAGCAGCGUGAAGACUGGGAGGAAGCAAGGGAGCCAAUUCAACCAGAGGCUCCAGAGUUCAAGGCUUGGGAUUAUGACACCAAACCCCACCGUUCUUUCAGAGAGUGUUUCCCAGACAUCCAAGUCAUUGUUAAAAUGGCAUCCAUCGAACUUACCCCUGAUAAACCCAGCUUUCCUGCCGGAGGAUGGCACGUCGAGGGCCAGAUGAACGAGCACAUCGUCGGCACGGCUCUUUACUACCUGGACUCAGAGAAUGUAACACCAAGCUCUCUGAAAUUCCGCAUGCAGACAAGUCCAUACCAAGACGAAUUCCAGGGCAGGGUUGGCCAAGGUGCUUUCAACUGGAUGGAGCAGGUAUAUGGUGCCCAGCUAAGCUAUGGAGAUUGUCUGCAACAGUACGGCAGUGUUGAGACUAAAGAGGGAAGGUUACUUGCGUUUCCCAACGUGUUCCACCACCGCGUCUCGCCUUUUGAGCUGCAGGAUAAAACGAAACCAGGUCAUCGCCGCUUUAUUGCGCUGUGGCUUGUCGACCCCCACACACGGAUUAUCAACACGGGCAAUGUGCCGCCUCAGCAACACAGUUGGUGGAUGGAGAAGGCUUUUGGAAACAUGGAUGAUGAGAACGUUGACAUACCUCAUCCGAUUGCGAAGAUGAUUUCCGAAGCUGCGCCUGACCAUUCAGGUAUACAAGCUGCUCUUGAGAAAGGCACGCCUCUGCCUGCAGAGCUGAUGACCAUGGUUCAAAAGGAGGCUGGCGGAUCUGCGAUGACUAUGACUUUGAAGGAGGCCAAGGAACAUAGGCUCAAGUUGAUGAAGGAAAGAAGUCAGUCUCAGGAAGAGACGGAGGAGAAAUGGUCUAGGGCACAUUACAGCUUCUGUGAACACUAG